AAUAUAUAUCUAUAUAUAUAUAUAGAGAGAGAGAGAGAGAGAGAGAGAGAGGGGCUUACAUAUAUUGCAUUUCUGUCGAUAUUUCUGUAACUCUCGAUCUCGGUACGAACUGAGUCGAAUUGAGCAUGACUGUUUCCGAGUCACCAGAUCUACCAUUGAUUGAUGUUGAAUAAGCCUGAGUUUGUAGUUUACAUCAAGAAUAGCUUCAGGGAUCUGCUCCAAGUUCCUUUUUCAAACACAAUGGCUUAUUCAUUGAUCUUGAAAAGAACAUAUUGGGUGGCCUUCAUCUAUAUGGUUCUUACUUUGCAUGCCUGCAAUGGGUUUUAUCUGCCAGGAAGCUACAUGCACACGUAUUCAACUGGUGAAGAAAUAUAUGCCAAAGUUAAUUCAUUGACCUCUAUUGAAACUGAGCUUCCCUUCAGUUAUUACAGUCUCCCUUACUGCAAACCCCUUAAAAUAAAGAAAAGUGCUGAGAAUCUUGGAGAACUACUUAUGGGAGACCAGAUUGACAACUCUCCCUACCGUUUUCGAAUGAACGUCAAUGAAACUGUAUUUCUCUGCACUACAAGUCCGUUAAGUGAGCACGAUGUAAAGCUUUUGAAACAGAGAACUCGUGAUCUGUAUCAAGUAAAUAUGAUUUUGGAUAACUUGCCUGCCAUGAGGUAUGCCCAACAAAAUGGAAUGAAAAUUCAAUGGACUGGGUUUCCUGUUGGGUAUACACCUCCCAGUAGUAAAGAAGAUUACAUCAUCAAUCACCUCAAGUUCAAAGUUCUGGUUCAUGAGUAUGAAGCGACUGGUGUGCAGAUAAUUGGUACUGGAGAAGAGGGUAUGGGUGUAAUUUCAGAAGCUGAUAAGAAAAAGGCUUCUGGAUAUGAGAUAGUUGGUUUUGAGGUUGUCCCUUGCAGUGUCAAAUAUGACCUCGAUAAAAUGUCAAAACUUCAUAUGUAUGAUAAUAUCACUACUGUGACCUGCCCGGUGGAGCUUGACAAGGCUCAGAUAAUAAAGGAGCAAGAGAGGGUAUCAUUCACUUAUGAGGUCGAAUUUGUGAAGAGCGACAUUCGAUGGCCAUCCAGAUGGGAUGCUUACCUGAAGAUGGAAGGUUCCCGUGUCCACUGGUUCUCCAUCCUAAACUCACUAAUGGUGAUUUUUUUCUUAGCUGGUAUUGUUUUUGUUAUAUUUUUACGGACGGUGAGAAGGGAUUUGACAAGGUAUGAGGAAUUGGACAAGGAAGCCCAAGCACAAAUGAAUGAAGAGCUUUCAGGGUGGAAGCUUGUUGUUGGGGAUGUGUUCAGAGAACCAAAUCACUCGAAGCUACUCUGUGUGAUGGUUGGAGAUGGGGUUCAAAUUACAGGGAUGGCUGUUGUGACUAUUGUAUUUGCUGCCUUAGGUUUCAUGUCACCAGCCUCUCGAGGAAUGUUAUUGACUGGUAUGAUAAUUCUUUAUCUUUUCUUGGGGACUGCCUCUGGUUAUGCCGGUGUACGCCUAUGGAGUACGAUCAAGGGGACUUCACAUGGUUGGAGGUCGGUUUGCUGGUCCGUGGCAUGCUUUUUCCCUGGAAUUGUUUUUGUUAUUCUCACCAUAUUGAAUUUUAUUCUCUGGGGCAGCAAUAGUACCGGUGCUAUUCCCAUUUCCCUGUAUUUUAUCCUGCUAUCGCUCUGGUUCUGCAUUUCAGUGCCGCUCACCCUUUUGGGAGGAUUCUUAGGAACGCGAGCAGAGCCUAUUCAAUACCCGGUACGAACUAACCAAAUCCCGAGAGAAAUCCCUGCUCGCAAAUACCCAUCGUGGCUUCUUGUUUUGGGGGCUGGGACUCUUCCAUUUGGAACUCUCUUCAUUGAACUUUUCUUCAUCCUUUCUAGCAUCUGGCUCGGGAGGUUCUAUUAUGUCUUUGGAUUUUUGCUCGUUGUCCUUUUAUUGUUGGUUACUGUAUGUGCUGAAGUUUCUGUAGUCCUCACCUACAUGCAUCUCUGUGUUGAGGAUUGGCAGUGGUGGUGGAAAGCGUUCUAUUCAUCGGGUUCUGUUGCUCUUUACGUGUUCCUCUACUCCAUCAAUUACCUGGUUUUUGAUCUUCAGAGUUUGAGCGGGCCCAUUUCAGCUACCCUUUAUCUGGGCUAUUCACUGAUCAUAGCAGUUGCAAUUAUGCUGUCCACCGGCACUAUUGGCUUCCUUACAUCCUUCUACUUUGUCCAUUACCUUUUCUCAUCGGUGAAGAUUGAUUGAAAAGCUACAUUUUCUAAUCCUCAUUGGCCGGUUAAAGUAUUUUGGUGCACAGGGAGAGGGAUAAAUCCAACUUUUUGCUUUCGCUAAAUUUGCCUUCGCUACACAGGAUCAUGUUUCGACUUUCAUAAAUCGACAGCCAUAUUUUCUCUGCUUCCCGACGUUACAAGUUUCAAUUAGUAUUGAACUUUCGGUUUAGCUAUCUCAUUAUCAUUGUAUUCUGCAGUUCCCUUUUGUUUUUCUCAUUUUCAUGCUAUUGGUAACUAGUUGUAAUUGAUUGAACUUUCAUCCUUGUAUUCUCUUUUUGAUAUUAUCAGUGAGGCGAAACAGGUAGGUUAAAUUGCAAUUGUUAUUUUAUUGACUGGUUUGGCUUUGAUAAAUCACUAUUGAACCCUAUCUUGUAUUCCGAAA